AUGAAUGACAUCAUCCUAUCAGAUGCGGCGUCUCCAGAGCAAAGCCGCCCACAGGACACGUUCACACCCACUCAAGGUGUUCCCGAUGAAGCUGCGAGCACUCCAAUGAGCAUUGAAGAUUCGGUGGCCACAGAAGAAAGCCGCCCCCAGGACACAUCCACACCCACUCAAGAUGUUCCUGAUGGAGCGGCGCGCACUUCCCGCAACAUCGAAGAUGCGGCGUCUCCAGAGGAAAGCAUCCCCCGAGACACGUUCACACCCACCCAAGAAGUUCCCGAUGAAGCAGCGAGCACUCUCCGGAGCAUCGAAGACGCGGCGUCUCCAGAAGAAAGCCGCUCCCUGGACGCACCCGCACCCACCCAAGACGUUCCCGAUGAGGUAAUGCGCACUCUCUGGAGCGUUGAUGAGCGCCUUUUCAUCGAGUUGCAAGCCGGCUUUGCGCUCGCCGCCGCCACCCUGCACAUCUGUACAGUACUCCCGCCGACAGGCCCGAGCUACUACUACGUCUUUCGCCGGUUCUUCAGGGACGCCCAACAACACACCUCCGAGACUACUCCCGACCAGAACACAAAUGCAGUUCAACGGAGCCAAGAAGAAUACCUACUCAAACAGCAAGAGCUGGUACACUGGGCGUUGAGGAAGACGGAUGAAUUUGCGCGGAAGGCGAUGAAGGCCGGGGAGUUCAUGAGGGGCAAGAUGUGGAUAAUUGAGCAGGAAGUCUUCGACAAGUACCGAGAGAUCCGCGAAGAGAUUGGUAUCGAUUUGCCGAUCGAAGACCCGAGGCAGAACAACAAGAUGUUCGACUUCCUGUACCGGAUCGUUUGCGCAAGGUUCCCUAAGUCGUUGGGACAUAGUCCUACAAGCUCAGACACGGAUGAGAAUCGCACCGCUACCGGGAAUUCUGACGACGACAUGUAUGAAGGCUCCACUCGUAGCUCUCCGCCCGAAGACGGGUUUGAGAUUACAGAGAGUGCUUCGCCGGCGGAAGAAGACGCACCAGCCACGGAGGAGACUACACGCCGGAAAAGCAGAAGGGCCCGAAAGCCCACCGCCGCCCCCGACGAUAACAACGCAUCUCCACCGGUCCGUCAGUCCGGUCGCAAAGUUCAUGUCGCCGACAAAGCGAAAGAACCUCGGAAAGGCACGAAACGCACUAGGCAGACCACAGCCGCGGAGAAUGAGAGCGAAGACGAGAAUGAGGAUGGAGAAGAAGACAUCGCGGAAGUGGAAGAAGAGGACGAGGGUGGAGCAUCACCGAAGAAGCGCGCCAAGAAGGCCGUCCGGAAGACCGCCCAGAAGACCGUGAAGCCGAAGACCAAGAAGGGCCAUGGCCCGAACCGCAAGCUGAACGAUGCCUGGUCGCAAGCAGAGCGCGAGGUCAUCAUAGCGCUCUUCAACAAGAUCAUAGCCGAGAAGGGCCUUGUUUACUGGGCGGACAACAUCAGUGCCCUCUUUUACGAGGCCACUGACUCGGUGAACGCACAUAGGGCCCUGGAUAAGGCCACAUAUCCUGGUGAUCCUCGCGGCAUGGAUGGUGUGCGCACUCAGGUUCACAAGAAGGCUGCUUAUAAGCGCAUUAAAGCGCAAGCUGACGCGCUGAGGACUAGGAAGGCCGAUCCCAAGAAGACGGUGACAGAGGCAGAGCUCAAGCCUCGAGAUGUGUUCAAGGCGACGGAUCUUGAGCCCGAUAGUGGCAAGAAAUGA